AAUGUUUCCCUGGUUACCUGGGCGGAGUCCGGUGGCUGCCUGCUGUCACACCUGUUCUGCAUUUACAAUCGUCAGGAACCCUUCUUAAGGAGCAGCAGCAGCACCAGUCUUUGUACAACUGUACAAAGGUCACAUGAUCUAAGAUCUUAAGCAAUUUGUGAGAAUUAAAAAAUAGAACAAUAAAAAGUCUUCACCACAUGGUGACAAUAUUUAGUUAUAGUUAACAAUGAGAUAUAGUUACAGUUAAUAUUUUUUUCCUGUCUCAACUCGUUUAACCUCGCCCUGUGCUUUUACGUCACAUUAAAAAGUGAUCGUUACCGUAAUGUCCAGAAACGAGGCCCAACCUGUAUUCCCUUUACCUGAUUCACAUUGACUUAUCCAGAGCAGCGUCCAUCCGUUUGGACAUCGUAUUAAUUCAACCCGUGCUAUUUUAAAAUAAAGUAAAAUCUUUUUUUACGGCGUGCAGAAGGUUAAAGACUAUGAGAUGCCCCAGUAUUAGAGGCGUGUCGGCAUGUGUGUGUGUACUCCGCCUCAUUCCGGGAAACCGAAAGUUUUUUUCUAUAUGUGAAGUUGUGAAGUUUAAGAGGAAGAAAACAUUCACUGUCUGGAAUCCGACAGCUGCUCAACUCGCAUGAGGCUGACGGUAGUCUGCUGCGCAAUAAUAAUAUUAAUAAUAAUAACAAGAUGCACUGAUUGGAUCGCGCAACCAACUCAGUCUAAUGAUGAUCAGCGAAAUUGUCAUAGUGCGCCAUCCUGUUUCUGUGUAUGUACCCGUGAACCACAAAGUGACUCUGAGUGUCCGCGCUGAGGGCACAGGUAUCCUCAACUACCAGUGGUUCACUGAUGAUGACCAGGAGGUGCUUGGAGGCACUGAAGCAGAUUUGACCAUCAAAGCUUUAAAAACUCAGCGCUAUGUGUGUCGAGUGAGUGACCGCUUUUGUAACUGUGCGUUCAGCGAAUGGGUGAAAGUGAAGGUUUUGGACAUUGACAAGUCAGGGUUACCAGAAAACUGGCUGGGUGAGCCUCACAUUGCUGAAAACCCAAAGCCCCAAACCUUCCGUCAAGGAACGAAGUUCACGCUGUGCUGCGUUGCUUUCGGCAUCCCCAGUCCGCACUAUCAGUGGUACAGAAAUGGACAGCUGCUGCCCAACAAGAGCGGUGGUACUCUGCAGAUCAACCAUGCAACGGCUGAACAUUGUGGAUCCUACCUUUGCUCCAUAUCUAACGUGCUACAGGAGACUUGGACGGAAGCGGUUGAUGUCGACAUGGAUCAAAACCCAACGGCGGCACCCACAGCCACGGACAAAGUUGCCCUACUUAUUGGCAACUUGAAUUACUCUAAUCACCCUCCCCUAAUGGCCCCCAUUAUGGAUGUGCACGAGUUGGCCAACCUCCUCCAGCAGCUCGGCUUCAGAGUGGUUUCCCUGCUGGAUCUAACCAGGGAGGAGAUGCUGGCGGCUAUUGACAAGUUCAUUCAGCUCCUUGACAGAGGAGUCUACGGACUUUUUUACUAUGCGGGUCACGGAUACGAGCGUGUUGGGAGGAAUUACUUGGUGGCCGUUGACGCGCCCCAACCAUACCAACCGGAAAACUGCGUCUGUGUGCAGAGGGUCAUGCUCAGCAUGCAGGACAAACAGACUGCACUGAGCGUAAUUCUCCUGGACACCUGUAGAAAAUGGUACAACCAGGAUUGCAUAACUUCAGGCAUCAUGCCAUUGGCACCCAGUGGGAACACUGUUUACGGUUAUGCCACAUGUGAAGAUGCUGAGGCGUACGAGGUCCAGGAUGGAGGGAAAAGUACCGGAAUCUUCACUAAAUACUUGAACAAGCACAUCUUACACACAGAGAAGGUCACGCACGUCUUAGAGAAGGUGUCCGAGGAUCUAGGCAGAGACCCUCUAGUCAAAGGAAAGCAGCAGGUGGAGAUCAAACACACCCUGAAGGAACCUCGAACCCUUGCAGACCCCGUUCGCACUACUGGCCACACAAGGGAGCUUCACAAGAGAGAGGCCUGCUGGAGACAAGCAAAUGAGCUACCACCGAAGAAGCAGCUGAUGUUUGUCUGCGGAGUAGAAGUGGAAGUGAGCUUCUCGGCUUUGUUCUCUAAUGUUUUGGUGGCCUUUGCCACUGUAAAGACAAAAGGCCCCCGAACCGAGGACCUCACCCUCACCUUGAGUAGCAUUCCUUUAAUGGAAGACAUAUUCUCCAGCGCCGGCCGCUCAGAGGAGAUGGAUUCUCUACUAUUUAAUAGAUCUGAUAACCCGGACUGUACGAUACAACUUUGUGCUCUUCAAAAGCUCACGAAAAUGCUGGUCAUCAAGGUGGAGCUACACUAUACUAACAUGGAGACGAGACAGCGGCAGACAGACAGCCAACAGGUGGACAUAGGAAGGCCUCUGGUGGCAUCCUGUAAACUGUACACGAGAAGUCACGCCACAACAGCCAAGAAACAAGAAGUUGCUUCUGCUCAAAGUCUGGGCACGGUUGCAAGCAGCAAACCGAAGCUGCGUCAGACCCCUGCUGGUCCGUGUCGCCCUUUCACCAGGAAGGCAGAGUGUGCUGCUAAAGUUGCAGUAACAAGGAGCAACGAACCAGAAGAGAAUGAUGAAAAUGAACUGCAAUUCCUGACUCUUCUGGAUUAGACCCCUUUUGGUCCAAUUGUAAAUACUAUACUAAAUAGUUUGAAAAUGUGAUGCUUUUUACUGACGGGAUUAGAGUUGCUGAAUCGUGCAUUUUAAUCAUCUGUGGUUGAUUGUGACGAUGAAUGACUGGAGUUUGUGUUUGGUUAGUGGUACUGGCCAUCAAUUCUUAUCUAAACACUGAAAAAACAUUAACACUUAACUACUUUUCAUAAUCGCUGGAUUUCAUUGCUUUUUCUAAAUACUUUUUCAUCAGUGGCAAGCUGGCCAGCCUAACAAAUAUAAAAAAUGUCUGUUAUAAGUUAUAUUCAAUAAAGACCACUACUUACAUUACCAUUAGA